UAUUAUGCACACGGAAACAUCAUUUUUCAGUAAGUACAAUAUUCAGACAAAAUGGAAACGGAAACAACAACAACAAACGACAGACAACAACAGAUUCAUCGCCGUGUUCAGAAACGAAUCGCUGGAAAAUACUUAGAUCAAAUUGACCCUGAUGGUAUUUUGAAGAAUGAGUAUGAUGGUGACAGAUUGACUGAGUUUAGACAACUUGACAGUGAUACAAAGAAAAAGUUUGAUGCACAAAAUAAUCGCUUCCGGAAGAUUGAGUCUGCUUACAGUAUACAGAACAUUUGCUGGUUGAUAGCUUCGAUAGGAGUUUUCUACUACACAGAUUUUUACAGGGCUGUUUUGUAUGACCAUAGAAUAAACAGGUUAUGGUUUAACAUAGGGGCUCUGUCAGUGGCUGUAAAUGUUUGUAUAGCAAUAUUUCUCAUAGUCUACCUGUCAUACAUCAAGAAGGUCAGUUCUGAUGACUGGGAGAGAAAGUACCCUUCUUUAAUUCCCAUAGCAACAGCAGCCUUUGUUUUUGGUGGAAUAUUUCUAACAGUUGGCCUUUGGCCUUUGUGGGGACCAUUUACACCAUUCAUACUGUUUGUGUUGUUUAUGGGAUUUGUGGUGAUGGUAGCAAUGUUACCUAACUUCUGAUUGGAUUCUGAGUGAUGGGGACCGUGUAAUCUAGCUUCUGAUUGGCUACCAUGUGAUGGUAGCAAUGUUAGUUAACUUUUCAUUGGAUAACAGGACUGUUGAUGGUCACAAUGUGUUGAUAGGAUACUAGUUGAUGACUGCCAUGUUUCAUGAAUGGCAUGGAAACCAUGUUAUAAUGCAUUUGAUUUGAUUUCAAUGUAACAAACAAGGUUCUGUUUUACCAAAUAUUAUAUAAUUAUGCUGCCUGUCUUAAAAUUUCUUUAAAAAGUGUCAUAAUUACAAGGUUCUGAUUUCAUUUAACCACAGUGUCGAAUUUAAAUGAAGAGGAAGCUAUGGUGUCAUACGCUUAAAAUCUGCACCAGCGAUUAAUUACCAUGCAAAUCCACAUUUUCUGUGAGAUUUCCAAAGACUUAGAAUGUUCAUCAUCUUGAAAUUGCCAAGAAAUUAAAUUGAGAAUUUCUAUAAUUAUUAUUUUUGUGUUUGUGUAAAUAUGCUAAAAUUGGAGGAAAUUAUAUUAAAAUGGAAACUGAUCAAGACAAAUAAACAACAUAAACAUUUGUUUACGUAAAACAAGAUGGCGGAAAUCGACCAUCUUCAAGGGCCAAUUAAUCUUGUGCAAUGGAUUGUGGGUCUGGUUGCGAAAAUAUUUAAUUUUUGGAGCUUCUUAUCCCUUUGUCUCCCAUUUAACCUUGUUAAUGCCUACACUACUGGUAUACCAAUCCCACUUACAGUACAGUCUAUUUACCACAAAGUACAGUCUAUUUACCACAAAGUACAGUCUAUUUACCACAAAGUACUGUCUAUUUACCAACAUGGAAGGUAAACCCAAUUAUGCCAUAUAAAAUUACUUAUUAGAUUUUUUGAUGUUUUAAUUUUGUAUGGUGUUUUCCUGUAAUUCUAAGAAAAGUUCAAUGCAAGUACAUGGUUAUAAUACAAUUACAGUUUUGGCAAUGAAGUAAAAGUUUUGCUAGUCUCCUUUUAUUGUUAAAUUUUUGUAUAAUUAAUGCUAUUCUCUAGCAGUUACCAUUUUCUCAUACAUGCCUGAACA